CCCUUGUUAACACACUACAAUGGGGAAGAAAACCGGAUUUUUCUACUUUCGAGAGAUUUUUGGAAUUAUCUUAUCAGUAGCUACACUAGGAACAGCUGCUCCUAUAAUUAUUAACGUCUAUAUUGACAAUCCAACGAUAUUUAACGACCUGGAAACAUCAUGUUCGCUUAAAGGAACGUUUGCCCUGUUCUGUCUUGCCUUUGUCGUGGAAGCAUUUCUUUGUUUGCUGAAAGGUUCUUGUUUUGCCCUAGCUAUUAUAUGUAGAGGUCGAUGUAAAAUCAACUGCUACCACGUGAUUGUACUUCUACACUUUACAUCUUGUACUUUCUUAUCAGUUGGAAUAUUGAUAUAUGCUGUGAAGCUGAAUGCAAACGUUUGGUAUUGGAACAUGGCAACCGUAUCUUCAUUUCUUGCAAUGCUAAACAGCUUCGUUACCUGUAUUUUCCAGAGGGAAUAUCGUGGUCUUCACAAGGAAGAAUCAAAAACAAACAAACUGAUCAAAGAAAUUGGAAAUUAUUAGCUCACCUACAAAAACAUUUACAUUUUGAUAGAUAACACUCUUUGAAGUUUUAAGAAUUGAUAACGCUUUCACUAUUUUGCACUUCCUAGCAAACAUAUUUCUUUUUCUUGUGUCUUUUUUAAUCAACCAUUUCAGACAUAGAAUUGGUAAUGCAUUGAAUUUGUUUUGAAAUAUGAUUUUUUAAUUACCUAUUAUAACUUUAGUGUUUUGUUGCAAAAAACUCGUUACAAAAAUAAACACUCUAUUUCACAUUAAAGCGACUUUUAUCUUUUAGUUCUCUGUGAAAAAAAGUUAUGUGUUGAUUUUAACAAAUAUAUCCAACAAUACCGAAUAAAAUAUCAACAUUACAUCAGUGGUAAACUGAAACGAAACAUAACGUAAUCACUGCAAUGAAUUAAGUUAACAAUAUUUGAAAAUAAUAAUGCUGUAUAAAGACAUGAUUCAACAGGAAACCGUCAAUCUUAUUACCUAAUCUC